AUGUCCUCCUCAGAAAGAGACCAACCCAUCUACAACCCCCUCGGCUCCCCUACCCGCCAUGUGACAACGCACACCCCCACCACUGGCCUCUCCUUCUUCGCCCCUCCCUCCCUUAUCCCCUCCUCCCCAACCCCGUACGGCUCAGUAGGCAUGGUUGUCCACGACCUCUACAAAACCUUCACCACCCCCCUCAACAUGUCCACUGAAGACGACAUCAACCGUCUCCAGGCUCACCCCCUCCAGCCAAGCCCAGGUACGCUCUGGUUCCCAAAGGCACCAGGGGAAACACUCGUGCGGUACUGCGACUGGGGACCAGGGCAGGCAAUCCAGUUUCACAGGACAGAAACAAUCGACUUUGGGGUUGUUAUCGAAGGAGAGAUGGAGCUGACUCUGGACGGCGGGGAGAAGAGAAGGCUCAAAAAGGGUGAUGUGGUCGUGCAACGAGGGACGAUGCAUGCUUGGGAAAACAAGAGUGAUACCGUCUGGGCGAGAGUGGUAUUCUUUCUUGUUGGUGCCGAGGCGGUUGAUGUAGGGGGGGAUAAAAAGACGGAGGUGCUGCCUUGGAGUCAUGCCUGA